AAGGAGGGCUGUAGGACCCAGAGGAUGUCAGGAGGACAGCACUCCUGUCCCACCCUUAAAGCCAGGGAGGAGAAGUUGAACUGCAUUCCUGCUAUCAACAAUCCUGCUGCUGCUACUACCACCAAUUGGGUUUAAAGGAAAAAUCUGCACUUUCGUGUGCAUGUGUGUUUGUGUGUGUUAGGUACGCAGGUCAGAGUGCAAGCUCAGUGAGGAGUGUGUGUUUGAAUUCGCCUGCUUUCAUGUUUGUUUUCAGAAAACAGUAGGAAGGUGGAGUCGUGUGAUCAAAUAAAAGAAGACCAGACGUCCAAGCCGAGCGUCAAGUGAAAGCAGGUACAUCAGGAUGUCAUCGCCAAAGCAGCAGCAGGACAGCGUCUCCAGCGUGGCAGAAGCAAUGGCCCCUGAGUCGUGGUCCAAGGUUAGCUGUCCAUGUUGCGUGUCAUCUGAGGUGGAGCCGCUGGUUCUGAUUCAACUGGCCGAGAAUGUGGAGUCUAGCACCAAGCAGUGGAUCAUGUCCAUGAUCUCAGCACCUCAUAAGGCAGGAGGGGCACACCUACUCGUACACCCUGGUGAAGAUGCCAGCUGGGGACGACUUGUGGUUGCGGCACCUCGCUGUACCUUACUCAGGGCCACAGAAGAACUGGGACUCUGCAAAGCUGACAAAGAGGGCAAUAUGAUCUUGUUUUCCUUUCAUGACCGUAACAACUUUAAUAACAUCAAUGACAUGCAGAAGUUCCUGACUCUGGCUGAGAGACAGUACAUCGUCCAACAUGAGCUGGAGUCCAUGAGAGCCAUGAAAGACCAGCGCAUCCCUGGAAUACCUGGAGACAAGGGCAUCCUUAAAUCCAGACAGAACAUACUUCAGAAGCUGCAGAAAGCAGGAGUGAUCCAGGAUGUUUUCCCCCUUUGUGAUGAAAAGAAGCUAAAUGCUCUUGGCAAAGACUGGUAUUUAAAGAAAAGCUUGUGGGGACAGCCUUUAGAGUCCAUUCAUGCUUACUUCGGCGGCUCCAUUGCUUUCUACUUCAGCUUCUUAGACUUCUACACGUGGGCUCUGGUACCUCCAGCAGUUCUGGGUGUCUUCAUAACCUUCUUCCUUCCUGGAGCCCCACCCCCCAAUGGAUCUAAAGCAGACAAUUCAACCCCUGGCCCGGGUUCCUCAGAUGCCAGUGAUGACCUGGAUCUGUCCGUGAGCUCCCACAUGGUGCAGGCUGUGUUCAGCAUGAUCUGGUCGACCGUGUUUAUGGAGCUAUGGAAGAGACGCAGCGCUGCUCUGUCAUACCACUGGGGGACACUGACACUAACUGAGCAGUUCCAGGAACCAAGGCCUGGUUUCCAGGGCGAGCUGGGAAUCAAUCCUGUGACGGGCAGAAGAGAACCACUUUUCCCCGAUUGGAAGAGGCAGAUGCGGGUGGGCCUGGUCUCUGUGCCCGUGGUGGGACUUUUUCUUGGACUUGUUGUCCUUGGCAUGGUGGGGUUUUAUUUCUGUGAAAGCACCAUGUCUUCAAUUCACAAGGCUUCCGGAUCCAUUAUAACUGCCACGUUGUCCUACCUGCCCUCCGUCAUGCACAUCGUCUACACCAACAUGCUGGGGAAUGCCUACCGCACUGUUGCACUGAAGCUCACCGAAUGGGAGAACCACAGAGAAGAAUCAGCUUUUCAGAAUCAUCACACAACUAAAGUUCUGGUGUUCACCUUUUUCAACAACUUUGCUGUGCUGUUCCACAUUGCAGUCUUCAAACAGGACCUGCAGCUCCUACGCAAGAGGCUGUCAUCACUGCUGAUCUUGUCUCAGGUGGUGAACCAGUUUACGGAGGUGUUGGUGCCGUUUGUAGUAGAUCGUUUCUACGGCUCUUCACAGAAAGAGCUGAAGGAGGACGACCCGGCAGCUGAUCACAUGCAGGCUGAAGGCAGUCUGCCCCCAUUUCCUGGUCUAUUUCUGGAAUACAUUGAGCUGCUGGUGCAGUUUGGUUAUCUGAGUCUCUUCUCAUGUGUGUAUCCACUCACGGCUGUGCUCCUGCUAAUUAACAACAUCACAGAGAUUCGCGGUGAUGCCUACAAGAUCUGCCGCCUCUUCCGAAAGCCCUUCUCUCCACCUGAGGCCAGCAUAGGCGUCUGGCAGACAGCAUUCGAGGUGUUGGCGUUUUUCUCAGUCAUGUCGAACUGCUGGCUGCUGUUUUUAGCUCCACGAAUAAAAGCAUUCACUCAGGACUCUGGACUAAACCCGAGUGUUGUGCUGAUAUUCACUGUCAUAGUGGAGCACGUUUUGAUUGUGGUGAAAAUGAUUCUGGCCUUUGUUAUUCCUGACGAACCAGAGUGGGUCCAAAUCAAGAAGCAACAGAUUGAAUAUCGCACCAUACUGGCCCUCAAAGAGCAGAAAGUGAAGCGUUCUGAGACUGCUGAGCUCCCUCGCUCAUAAUCCUGAAAAAAACCUGAAAAGAAACAGACACCAAGGUGUGGCAUCAGCCACCUAGUUCAUUACGCCACCACCUUUAAUGAUAACGAACUUCAUUUGCUGUUGCAUCGUGAGGUAUGGGGGUGCCAAAUGGUACGCUUGCGGAACGCUUGCGGGCCGGUCUAAACAACUGGACUUGGUGUCUUCCCCUAGAGGACUGCUGUAGUAUAGAAAAAAAAAGGCUUUUUAAAGGCACAUGGUGUAUGCAAUACAGAGCAGGAUAUAGACGUUUGUGAGCUGAAAAAGCAAUUUAAGGCAUGUGCUGAAAUGAAAUUGCUAGCUCAGUAACCCAUAAAUCUGUGUUCAGAGCAUGCAUACAUAUACCCAGGUGUGGUAUUUUAAAUAAAUGGAAUAGUUUUUAAUAUAUCUUAUAUGACAGAAUGGCACAUAUGUAAUACAUCAUGCUUACACUGGUUGUCAACACUAAAUGACAAACAAAUCACACCACUUAUGCAGUACAUUCAUGAAUAUCGUUACGCUAUGUCUCAAAUUGCAUCCGAUGAAGUCAUACAGAAAAAGUGUUUAUUGUUGAUUAGUGUAUAGAAUAUCCGUUUAAAUGAGUGGUUUGUUAAAUGUAACCAUUCUAUACUUGAUAAAAUUAUAUAUAUAUAUAUAUAUAUAUAUAUAUAUAUAAUGCUAUAACAAUUUUAUUUAACAACAAAUUCUCCACUGCCAUCACUGUCUGUUAAAUGCUACCAGCCCCACUCCCUUUAUGGAACACAAUAUAAGGUAGGUUAAUGUAAAAAGUAUACAUUACUCUUCACUUAAUUUGUUCAAUAAAUACAAUCCAACAUCAGAGUAAUUUUACUGAACUACUUUUUCAUAUUUCUCAGUGUAAACACACUAAUCAGUUAUGCACUCAUAGUCUACAAUAGUACAUGCAUAUGUGAUUUGAGACACAACAUAUACCUUGCGUUUCAGCCAUAGUGCACCUUUAUCACCUAGCAACCAAAGAAUCUUGCUUGCAGCAAUGUCUGCUUAUAUGAGGUUUGUAGUGGCUAUUUGAUGCCUUUAUGAACUUAUUCAAAUCACUGCUGAGUGAUGCUUUAUUUGCAGCUUUUUUUUUUUUUUUUUUUAAAUCCCAACAACUGAAGAACCAAAGAGUGAGCAUUAUACUCACCAAGAUGUUGUGUACUGUAUUGAUGAUAAAUAAAUAAAUAAAGCAACACAGACAUUCAUUUGGUUUACUCUGUUUUAAUAAAUAA